CAAGAAGACGAAGAAGAAGACGAAUUACGUCAUGGCCAAGAUGGCAGCCUCCCUGAUAGAGAGUGGAGAAGAUGCAUUUAGAAAAAUAUUCAAGUUUUAUAAGAGAAGAAACCCACCGCCAGAUUUCAGCGCUGUCAUUGAUUUCUCCAAAGGUUUACCGAGUGACAAAAUAGUUCCUGCUAUACUGGACCCUUCUGCGGUGAGUGAUGUGGAGGCUGCCAGGGUUGGAUUACAGUCGGUCAGAGACUGGAGAGCCUUCAGCCUGCAAGGCUACCCAGGGUUCAUCUUCAUCUCCAACCCUUUCCUGUUGGGCUCACAACCUUUUUGGGUCAGACAGUGUCUGAAGACCUACUCUCAGAAGCCCAAUGUCUGCAACCUGGAUAUGCACAUGUCUCCCUCUGACACCCAGGACAUCUGGCAAAAGAGUGUUCAUAGCCUCAGUUCUCCUCACUCUGGAAAGAGAAAAACAAAGACUCUACUUGACAGGCUGCGCUGGGUCACUCUCGGAUAUCAUUACAACUGGGAUACCAAGAUGUACUCUUCCAACCAUUAUACUCCUUUCCCAGCUGAUCUCCACUUGCUGUCCACCCAAAUUACAGCCGCCUGUGGGUUUCAGGACUUUAACGCAGAGGCAGGAAUCCUCAACUACUACUUAUCUGAUUCAUCUCUGGGAAUCCAUGUGGAUGAAUCAGAACUAGAUCACAGCCGACCGCUGCUGUCAUUCAGUUUUGGGCAGUCAGCCAUCUUCCUCCUGGGAGGCCUCCGCAGACAGGACCCCCCGAUUGCUAUGUACAUGCACAGUGGGGACGUGAUGGUGAUGUCGGGACAGAGCCGCCUCCUUUACCAUGCCGUCCCACGCAUCAUUUCAGCACCCCAGGGACGUACAGCUUUAGAGAUGGAAGGCUGCAGCCUGGCCUCACCUCAAAAGGACUGCUGUGUGGUGGAGGCGGUGUCAAAGGAGGACUGGGCUGUGUGUUCCAGGUACAUCCAGAGCUCCAGAGUGAAUGUGACUGUCAGACAAGUGCUGGGGCCUGGCCAGAGCUUCCCAGACACACCUUCUGCUCACCAAAGGACUGAUGCAGGACAGACAGUGGGCUACCAUGACAGAGCAGCAGAUGGGGAGAGUGAGAAAAGAAAGAGAAGUAGUAGCUGUGACUCUGUUGGUACUGCUGAGAAAUGACGCAGACCAGUGUGUCUGUGUGGCCACUGCUGUAAAACUCAAUUGGCGACACUUUCAUCUGAUGCCUGAGUCUAACUUUGCCAUUAUAUUGAUUUGCUUUUGACCUCUGCUAAAACGUACAAGCCACUUCAGAGCUCUUAAAGUUAGGCUCGGUGCAAAAAUGCAUCAAAACAAAUUGUCCGCUUACUUAGAACAGGAAGGUCCACUCAACUUCUACGGGAUCUGCAUACAUAGCCCCCCAAUUCUAGGACAAUGCUCCUAAUCAUUGAGCCAGUUCAAAUAGCUCUGUUUCAUUGCUACAGACCAGACUGAAGGAAAAUACCCCCCCAAAUGCAAGAAAUUAAGAUGGAAAAUAGAAUUUUUAUCCAAAUACGUUCAAUUUGAAACUAGUGGACUAUUUAUGAAAAUGGUUACAUGUGCACUCUAAUUAAAGCAAUCUAAAGCC